ACUGUGGAACAGUGCUGUCGAUCUCACGAGGGGCUCGGCAUGGAGAAGGAACAGGACCAAUAUGGUUGGAUGAUGUCAACUGCACAGGGACGGAAGCUGCUCUCUCCGAGUGCAAGGCCAGGCCAUGGGGACAACACAAUUGUGUCCACAUGGAGGAUGCCAGCGUGGAGUGCUCAGAAUCCCACAUCUCCAAGAUCGGUCGGCUCCAGCUGCUCGAUGGCCCCAGUCGUUGUGCGGGGAGAGUGGAGGUGCUCCAUGACCAACGAUGGGGCACCAUCUGCGAUGACGGCUGGGACCUUGCUGAUGCUAACGUGGUGUGCCGGCAACUGGGCUGUGGAACAGCAGUGCUGGCCCCUAAAGCAGCUCAUUAUGGGAGAGGCCAAGAUACCAUCUGGCUGGAUGAUGUGAACUGCACUGGUAUGGAGGAAUCCAUCUUUGACUGCAAGGCAAGUGCAUGGGGAGACAACAAUUGCUACCAUGGAGAGGAUGCUGGAGUGCUAUGUUCAGACUCAGGGGUUCCUAUUUCAGUGGAGCUCCGCCUGGUCAACGGUUCAACUCGCUGCAAUGGCAGGGUCGAGGUCUUUCACAACGACACUUGGGCAGCUUUGUGUGAUCAUGGCUGGGGGAUGGCUGAGGCUCAAGUGGUGUGCAGGCAGCUGGGCUGUGGUGAAGCGCUGUUGGCUCCUAUUGGGUCUCAUUUUGGGCAAGGAUAUGGACAGAUGUGGCCAGGCAACAUAAACUGCACAGGCUCGGAAAGUGCCCUGUUUACAUGCAAGACAAGACACUGGAGCAACAGCACAUGUCAUCCUUGGACAUCAGCUGGUGUGGUGUGUGCAGAGGGUGACCAGAUCCGACUGGUGAAUUACGGGAGCCGCUGCGCUGGCAGGGUUGAGAUCUUACACAACAAGCUCUGGGGAACUGUGUGCGACAAGAACUGGGAUUUGCUGGAUGCCAAUGUGGUGUGCAGGCAGUUGGGCUGUGGGAGAGCACUGUCAGCCCCUGGACAGGCUCAGUUUGGCCAAGGGACUGGAAUCGUGUGGCUGGAUGGGAUGAAUUGCACGGGGUUUGAGUACUCACUGUCUGCCUGCUCAGCCAAGCCAUGGGGAAUCACCAGUUGCGACCACUGGGAAGAUGCUGGUGUGGUGUGCUCAGACUCGAUCAUCCCAGAGCCUGCUCAUCUCCGACUGGUGAAUGGCUCACAUCGCUGUGCUGGCCGAGUUGAGGUGCUUCACGAGGAGAUGUGGGGAGCUGUGUGCGACCAUGCCUGGGAUAAGAAGGAUGCUGAGGUUGUGUGCAGGCAGCUGGGCUGUGGAACAGUGCUGUCAGCCUCAGGUGAAGCACAUUUGGAUGCUGGAUCUCACCGUGUCUGGUUGGACAAUGUGAGCUGCGAGGGAACAGAACCAGCUCUUAUGAAAUGCAGAGCAAGCCCAUGGGGAAAGAGCAGCUGCAGCCAUGGAAAGCAUGCUAGUGUCGUGUGCUCAGGCUCGGCUGUUUCCAGUUUUGCCCCAGUUCGACUGGUGGGUGGCCCAGGUCGCUGUGCUGGGAGACUGGAAGUGUUUCACAAUGAGCAAUGGGGAACGGUGUGUGAUGACCGCUGGGAGAUCCCAGAUGCUGCAGUGGUGUGCCGGCAGCUGGACUGCGGAGUGGUGAUAUCAGCUCCACUGAGGGCUUACUUUGGGCAUGGACAGGGACCCAUGUGGCUGGAUGACGUCAACUGCACAGGGACAGAAGCUGCCCUCUCUGAAUGCAAGUUCAAGGGAUGGGGUAUCCACAACUGUUAUCAGCAUGAAGUUGCCAGUGUGGUGUGCUCAGGAUCAGGCAUUUCUGACCUAGUAGAUCUCCGCCUCGUCAAUGGCUCUGAUAAAUGCUCUGGAAGACUUGAAGUGUUUCAUGACCAGCGCUGGGGAACUGUCUGUGCUGAUGGCUGGGACCUGGCUGAAGCCUAUGUGGUUUGCAGGCAGCUGGGCUGCGGGGCAGCACGCUCUGCCUCAAGCUUUUCGCAGUUUGGGGAAGGACCUCAUCUGACCUGGGUUGAUGCUGUGGAAUGCACAGGGAUGGAGCGAGCCCUCUUUGAAUGCAAAGUCAAGCUCUGGGGAGCCCAGAGCUGCAAGUCCAAGGGAUAUGCGAGUGUCGUGUGCUCUGCGGCUGUAGACAUAGACCUGCGGAGCCCAGAAGCCCUACGGCUGGUGAACGGCCCACACCGCUGCUCUGGACGGGUGGAGGUGUUUCACAGUCAGCAGUGGGGGACGGUGUGCCAUGAUGACUGGGAUUUGAAUGAUGCCAAUGUGGUGUGCCGGCAACUGGACUGUGGAACGGCAGUGUCAGCACUGAGGAUGUCUUCAUUUGGGCGAGGGUCUGGCCCCAUCUGGCUAGAAGGAGUGAGAUGUCGUGGGACAGAAGCUACCCUUGCUGAAUGCCCAGUCAAGCCUAGAGGACUCCAUGGAUGCAGUCAUUUGGAAGAUGCUGGUGUUGUGUGCUCAGGCUCGGGGAUGUCCAAUGUUUCCACACUUCGGCUGGUGGAUGGUUUGAAAAAUCGCACAUUCCCCCUUGAAGAAGACUCCAACGCCACAGAAGAAACGCAGAUCCGGUUGGUGAAUGGCCCGAAUCGCUGUGCUGGCAGAGUGGAGGUGUUUCACAACGGGCAGUGGGGAACAGUGUGCGAUGACAGCUGGAAUUUAAAGAGCGCUAAGGUGGUGUGCCGGCAGCUGGGCUGCGGGACAGCGGUGUCAGCCCCAGGCAAGGCUCACUUUGGACGAGGGUCUGAUCCCAUCUGGCUGGACGACGUGGAGUGCAGUGGCACUGAAGCCAGCCUCUCCCAGUGCAGACUGAAUAGCUGGGGAAGCCACAACUGCAACCAUGAUGAAGAUGCGGCGGUGGUGUGCUCAGGCACCAACUUCUUGCAGCUGCGGCUGCGGGACAGCUCAACCCCCUGUGCAGGGCGUGUGGAAGUUCUGUACAAUGCCACCUGGUACAGCAUCUGUGACAAAAGCUGGAGCUCGCUGGAGGCAGAGGUGGUCUGCAAGCAGCUGGGCUGUGGACCAGUACAGGCUGAAAGCGCAGGAACCUGGGUCAGCCAGGAUCACAACUACAUCUUUCUGAAGGGGCUGCAAUGCCGUGGUGCAGAGACACUCCUCUUGGAGUGCCAGCAGAACAAGAUCGGCCCGGGGCUGUGCCAGAGCAGCGUGGCCGCCAGCGUGGUGUGCACAAAGCCAAGCGGUUCUCCACCAUCCUGCUCCACACUGGUAGCGCUGCUCACCCUGAUGGUGAUGGUGAGCGGGAUCCUGCUGUGGCUCUACCUGAAGAGCAGGUUCACUGGAGCAGGCCAAGCUGCAGACUUUAGGUGUGCCAGGGAGCAAGGUGCCUCUGCAAUGCCCUUCCAGACUGCAGGAGCCAUCUACCACCCAGCCGAAGGACAGUUCCACAAGGAUGCUGACACAGAGACAACUGAGCUCAUUAGGGAAGAUGCUGUCUUGUGAUGCUGGCACAAUCCCUUCUGCAGAAGCAGCACUAUCAGCCCAUGCUGUGGGGUCAUCGGCCAAGCUCAUUCCUCUUUUCCUCCUGCAUCUCAUUCUUCAGAGCAAACAUUUUCCCUUAAGCUCCUGCAGAACUGCAGGAAGACCUCGCAUGCUUUCCAAGAGACUGCAAAGUACCAGCUGUUGGGCUGGACAUUUGUAAAACUGUCUGUACCAAUGACUUAUACUCAGGAGCCCCCAAACAGCUGUCCAAAGUCUUCUGAAGUUUACUUGAUCUAGGUCAGCUUCAGAGGUUUUCUGGUGGCGUGCACCAGACAGUAGGACAGCCUGGUGGUCAUGCAGCCUGACAUCAGGCUGAGCACAGAAGCAGGGAAGCUGAAACAGGACUAAAACUGCUAACAAAUUAAAGGAGAAGUGUGUCCCCAACCUUUCCAGCUGUGAUGAGCGUGAAUGCUGUGAGAUGUAAUGCUUUCUGCGCCUCUGCAGGGGAGCUGGCCAGGGCUGCCUGGUGCCUCAUGCAAUGGGUGGCUUCCCUUGACCUUGCAAACAUAGGCAAACCCCCUUUUCUUGGCUAUCCCAGGCACAAAAGCUUCAAAGCUAAUUGUACUCUUGGCUGAGCUAACAGUAUUGCCAGCAGGUCAAGAAGUGAUCCAUCCCCUCUGUUUAGCACUGGUGAGGCUGCACCUGGAGUGCUGGAUCCAGUUUUGGGUCUGCCAAUACAAGAAAGACAUGGGCACACUGGAAAGAGUCCAGUGGAGUUCAAAAAGGAAGAUGUACCAACAAAUCCAGAUGUGUAUCUGCAAAGGUGCUUUCACAGACACAGAGUGCCAAAUGUGACACAAUUCAACUCCAGAAGCCGUUUGGGAAGACCUCCUGAGGAAUGAAUUACUUUGACUUAAGGACAAUGUCUCAAAUACAUCAGAUAAGUGCUUCCAACCAACGGUCUAUUGGCUGCAAGUUGCCUAGAGCCACUGUCUCAGGUGUUUCAGGUAGAGACAGCACAAACACUCUGAACUAAGGCAGACAGAGCCUUCUGAGAAAUCCUUAGUGACUUCUGCGCCUCAUGGGAUGUUAAGUGGGGUUGGGUUACCAAGGGUGACUGGGUACAGAGAGGCAGAAAGCAUGGCAACGUUCUGCCUCUUUCAGUCUUGCCAGCUGAAGGCAGUAUGGGUAGGUUGUGCCUGAACAUGACCAGUCCUAACUCCAACUUCGGAGGGGCUGGUUUCUUUCCUUUCUAAUGCUCAUCAGUGCUAGUCUAUAUAGCAGCUAUUUUCAUUAUUUACAAUAGAUUACAAACCAUAUACAGCAAAAUAAAUUCCUCUUGCCUUAUUGCCUUCAUUACUUAGCCAUAUGAUGAAGAACAGUGAUCUGGAGCAGCAUGCAGACACCAGCCAGCUACACAGACAAAUACAGUGACCCAUUAAGUGACUGAGCCACAUUAAUCAACUGCAUCUAAAGGAGGAGAGUUCAUGGACAAACUCAGUGUCCUUCUUAAAUCAAAGUCCUGACAUUCGGAGCAAUAAUAAAAAAUAAACCCCAUGAAAA